GUUUGGUUCAGUUUCAGUCCCGCGUUUAUUCUAUUUCUUCUCUUUGGCGCAAAUUUAUAAAAAAGAAUUUCUUCCAAUUCCUUAAUCUCAUUCGCAUUUGCAUCUCUCUCGAGUCGACUCAGUGAUUUCGUUCUCUGGUGCAUUGUGGUCUUUUCAGUGAGCUAGGGCGUAAAUUUUUAUCUUACUAGCUAUCGAUAGCAAGAAAUUCCUGCUAUUAUAACAUUAGGGGUUUAUUGUCUCUAGCAAAGACCCAAUGAAGGAAGAACGCUGCUGAAUUAGAGGAAGGAGUAAUAGUCGUUGGUGAUUAAGAUCAACAUGAGCGGCUCCAGGGAGAAUUCUCCUGAUUGGCUGCACUGUUUUAAGCCACCCACUGUGACAACCUUUGAAUUAUCAUCAGAUUCUGCGCCUUCUUCCCCUGUUGGUAGCCCUUCAAAGGAAGAUAGAACUGAUUCUGAUGACAAUGAGGUUAUUGGAAAAGUUCUGGGUGGAAGGUCAAGGACUCCGAGAAAAGGGCAAAAGUUAGAAGAUGGUAAACCUCCAGAUAAGAAUAAAUCAGCCAACCAGAAGAAAAGAACAGGUGAUAAGGCUGGUGGGAAAGUUUCCAAGAAAGUAACAGUUGAUGAAUUGAAACCCUCAGUUUUGGCACAGUCUUCAGAUUCUGAGUCAUCUCCUCAACUCAGCCCUAUAUCAGAUGAUUAUAAGCAAGAUUCUCCCUCUAAGAAGGCUUCCAAAGAUAAAUCUCCAAAAAAGGAGCUACAAGUGGAUGGUCAUACAACAAUAAAAGAAGAGAAGAGUAGUCUGAAAAAAGAAGCAAGUGAUGACGUGGAAAUGAAAGAGGAAGAGGCACCUGAAAAACAAGUUGAAUCUCAAGUAUCCUCUGGAAGGUUUCCUUUGAUACUCUCUGAGAAAGUCCAGCGAACAAAGGCACUUGUUGAGUGUGAAGGGGAUUCCAUAGAUUUGGCUGGUGAUGUAGGUGCUGUUGGACGGGUUGUCAUUUCAGAUACCGCAUCCGGAGAUCAUGAGAUGUACUUGGAUUUGAAAGGAACCAUAUACAAAACAACAAUAGUUCCUUCUAGAACAUUUUGUGUAGUUAGCUUUGGACAAUCAGAGGCAAAGAUAGAAGCCAUCAUGAAUGACUUCAUUCAGCUAAAACCACAAUCAAACGUCUUUGAAUCCGAAACCAUGGUUGAAGGAACACUGGAUGGUUUCUCAUUUGAUUCGGAUGAAGAGGGUGAAAAAGUUCCCAAAGCUCAACAAACGGAGCAUGGUGAAGAUGCUGAAGAGAAAACUAAUGGAAAGUCAAAAAGAAAAGCUGAGAAAACAUCGGGCGUUGCACGGAAGCGAGGUAGAGCUACGGGAGGGAAGGCACAGCCACAAAAGAAAGCAAAAAGGAAAGCUCCAGUUUCCAAGAAAGCCAAGGCCAAGAAAUGAGAGAAUGGACUGUAUUUUAUUAUUCAUUUUAGUUAUGCCAUAACAUACAAUCAACAGAACUGAUAUUUAGUUCAAUUAGGUGACAGGAGUUGUAGCUUAACAAACAUGUUGGUUACAUCUUAUGGCGUGAUGGGAUCGAUACCUGAUUUUUAAUUUUAAUGAAAGUGAAAUUUCAUCA